UCGUCGCGAGAGCUGAUAAGGCGCGAUCCCUCCCUGGAGCUCUGACAGGCUGUCCCGAGCGCCCGAGCCAGGGAGUCGACGCCGCCCUCUCCCUAAUGCCGCUGCAGCCGAUCACGCCCUUGGAUCCCCUCGACGUCGCUUCCUCUUCGAUGGGGAUGCAGGAGGAUACAUUGGAUGAUGAGACACAACAGGCUUUCUUAAGUGAGUCAGGGACGACGAUGAUGUCGUCAAAGAACGACGGCGGAGGAGGAGGGAGUCCGUCAGGAGAAAUGUGCGUGGUGCGCCCUACCCUCAACGUCGCCCAACGCAACCAGCAUUACCACUUCGACCCCGGCCAUUCUCCAGGGCUGCGGGAGGCGAUCCAGACGAAGGUGGCGAAAUCAUGCAGCUUCUCCUGCGGUUGCCUGACGUCCGCCAUCACCGCCCGCCUGCCCAUCCUGUCGUGGCUGCCGGCGUACAACUUCAGGGAACAUCUUCUUGGCGACAUCAUUGCCGGCGUCACGAUUGCCAUCAUGCACAUUCCUCAGGGUAUGGGUUUCGCACUGCUGUCAAACAUCCCUCCUGUGAAUGGUAUCUACAUGGGCUUCUUCCCCGUGCUGAUCUACGCUCUCCUGGGUACUUCACGCCAUUGUUCCAUGGGUAGCUUUGCUGUUGUCUGCCUGAUGACCGGGAAAGUCGUAACGGACCUGGCCACUCCUGAAGGCGCUGUCGUCGACGGUGAUAUAGCAGGCAAUUCCACAACGUCCUAUACAGCUGUUCAAGUCGCCACUAUAGUUUCUUUUAUGGUUGGGGUCUGGGAGCUCAUCAUGGGGUUACUGCAGCUCGGUUCCCUCAGCGUCUUCCUCUCCGAAAUGCUGGUGUCUGGCUUCACCACAGGGGCGGCCUUUCACGUGCUGACGUCGCAGGUCAAAUACCUCUUUGGGCUUCAUGUCCCAGGGCACAGCGGUCCGUUCAAGAUCAUUUAUACGUAUCGUGAUAUCAUCAAGCAAUUGCUGCACUCUAACAUAGCAGCUGUGAUCGGCUCUGCAAUCACAAUACUUAUUUUAACAGUGAACAAUGAGGUGAUCAAGCCCAGACUACGCAAGAAGACGAACAUCCCGAUUCCCAUUGAACUUAUCGUGGUGAUUCUCGGAACGGCCGCCUCCUACUUCGGAAACCUCAAUGAAAAGUUCGACCUCCUCGUCGUGGGGGAAAUUCCGACUGGACUGCCUCAGCCGGAAAUACCUCCGUUCGAGCUUAUACCAAAAGUAGUGGUUGAUGCCUUUGUCAUCACUAUUGUAGCGUAUACCGUGUCUUAUUCCAUGGCGAAGAUAUUUGCGAAGAAGCAUAAUUAUGAAGUCGACGCAGCUCAAGAGUUAUAUUCACAGUCCGCAAGCAACGUGUUCGGAGCCUUCUUCGGCUGCGGUCCCAUCGCCGCCUCGCUCGCUCGCUCGCUGAUCCAAGAGGCGGUCGGAGGCGUGACUCAGAUGACCACCGUUAUCUCCUGUGCGCUCCUGCUGCUUGUCCUUCUGUUUGUGGGUCCCGUGUUUGAAACGCUUCCGAAUUGUGUCUUGUCAUCCGUCAUCGUCGUUGCACUAAAAGGGAUGUUCCUGCAAGUAAACGACCUGAGGAGGGUGUGGGCCAUCUCGCGCGCCGACGCCAUGAUAUGGCUCGCCUCCUUCCUUUCUGUUGUUAUCAUCGAUAUCGACUUCGGCCUGUUGAUUGGGGUCGUGGUGUCGCUGUUCGUGUUGCUGUACAGAGGACAAAAGCCCAGCACGGCCAUCCUUGGUUCUGUCCCCAACACGGAUAUUUACCUGGAUAUUAAUAAGUACUCCGCGGCUGCAGAGGUACCUUCAGUUUCCAUUUUCCACUUCAAUGGGCCGCUCCACUUCGCAAACAGUGAAUACUUCCGAACUCAGAUGUUCUCCAUGACUGGCCUGGACCCCAGUGCUAUUGUUAGUAAAAAGAAAGCCCUUGAGAAGGAGCAGGCAAAAUCUGACCUUAUCAUCGACCCUGCCAAGGAAAAUGGUGUGCGCGGGAGUACGGAAAAGAUUCCUGAGGAAUUUGAAGACAAGCCAAACGACAUGAAUGAUAAGCAUGCAGUUCUCUCCCUGCCCGUGAAAAGUGUACUGGAUAGCCUAGAAAAGUGCGGUACUCUGAAGACAAUCACGGCUGAGAAGGUCUUCCACACUAUCCACGAUGCUGUUACUGUCCUUACGGUGUUAGAUAAUGACAGUAACUGCACCAAGCUCUAA